AUGUACAAUUCUGCAACAGGAAAUGACGCAAUACACAUGUUGGCGAAAAAUGGUUACAAUUAUAUGAGAGUUGAGAUGCUGAAGACAGACAACGAGCCAUUAGAAUCAGAAUACAGUCAUUUCUUUGUCGAUGAUGAAAGCACCGAAUACAACUUAACCAUUAGUGGAUUCACGGGAUUAUAUGAUUGUAUGACAAACAAGAUUCAUAACGCAGCAGAUGCAAAUGGAAUGAAAUUCACAACAUUUGAUGUAGACAACGAUCAAUGGAACAGGAACUGUGCUGAUCAUUGUCAAUCAGGAUGGUGGUUCCAUUCUUGUACUUGUGGAAAUCUUAAUGGACUGUUUGGAAGUGAGAAAACAGCUUCUGUGAUGCGUUGGAUGUGUGCAGAUGAGUGGAUAUGUCCCCUCAAAGCCACCAGAAUCCUGCUCCACAGAAAUAAAAUUACAUAA